AUGGCGCACACUGGUCUACCAGCCCAUCUAUUCAAAUCACUUCAUCUACCAAAUCCAGAAAACUAUAAUGUUUAUCUGGUUGGAUCUCGCUUAUGGGGAACAAAUACUACCACGAGCGAUUGGGAUCUUCUGAUCGUAGGUAAUGUGCCGUCGAACCAGCUUACAAGCCUUCACAAAGCUCAAUAUGAUAUUACACUACUUGAUCGACAAGAGUUUAUAGCACGAGUGAAAGAAGGUUCCAUCAUAGAAGUUAUCUGUGCUCUAAUGCGUAAGGAAGACAUGCUCCAGCACGCCUUUGACAUUGGUAAUCUACUAGUGGAUUCAGGUGCCAUAAAGACAUGGCUAGAAGCAAGACAAAUCAAAGAUUUCGAAAAGGCAGAGAAAUUCUGGCUCAAAGGAAAUUUGCAACCAGCCUGGAAGAUCCUCAGGCACAUUCUACAUGCGACAGCCCUCUACAAUCAUCUCGUUAUCGCCCUUCAGAAGGAACGAGCCUUUCUUACCAUAGACAAUGUACAGACUAUUGUACGAUCAGCUACAUUCCUAUGUGACAAGACCUGGAUGCAACUAGAUUGGUCGAAUGUGCACGCAGCUGUGAUUGAUGCAUUGACACUUUUAUAG